GCUGGUGGGAGCGCGCAGGUCACGAGUGCCAGCGCGGGCUACCGUGGCGGCGGCGACAUGACCUCGGAGCGAGACGUGCGCGCCCGGCUGCAGCGCGCGGGCCAGGAGCACCUCCUGCGCUUCUGCGCCGAGCUGGCGCCGGGGCCGCGCGCCGCGCUGCUGGCCCAGCUGGAGCCCCUGGAGCCGGAGGCGCUGCGCGAGCACUGCCGGCGCGCGGCCGACGCCUGCGCGCGCCCCCCGGGCCCGCCGCCCGACCUGGCCGCGCGCCUGCGGCCUCUGCCUCCCGAGCGCGUGGGCAGCGCGAUCGGGGGCGACCCCGAGACGCUGCGGCUCUGGGAGGAGGAAGGUUUCCACCAGAUCGCCCUGAACAAGGUGGCGGUGCUGCUGCUGGCUGGGGGGCAGGGCACUCGCCUGGGCGUGGCCUACCCCAAGGGCAUGUAUCAGGUGGGGCUGCCCAGCCGGAAGACCCUGUAUCAGCUGCAGGCGGAGCGGAUUCGGCGGGUGGAGCAACUGGCUGGCGAGCACUAUGGGACCCGCUGCACCGUGCCCUGGUACAUCAUGACCAGUGAGUUCACGCUGGGGCCCACGGCCAAGUUCUUCAAGGAGCAUGACUUCUUCCACUUGGACCCGGACAACGUGGUCAUGUUCGAACAGCGCAUGCUGCCUGCCGUGACCUUCGAUGGCAAGGCCAUCCUAGAGCAGAAAGACAAGGUUGCCAUGGCCCCAGACGGCAAUGGGGGCCUGUACUGCGCGCUGGCAGACAACCAGAUCUUAGAGGACAUGGAGCGGCGAGGAGUGGAGUUUGUGCACGUGUACUGCGUGGACAACAUCCUCGUGCGGCUGGCGGACCCGGUCUUUAUCGGCUUCUGCGUGCUGCGCGGUGCAGACUGUGGCGCCAAAGUGGUGGAGAAGGCCUACCCCGAGGAGCCCGUGGGCGUCGUGUGCCAGGUGGACGGCGUCCCCCAGGUGGUGGAGUACAGCGAGAUCAGCCCCGAGACGGCGCGACGGCGCGCACCCGGCGGGGGCCUGCUCUACAACGCGGGCAACAUCUGCAACCACUUCUUCACGCGAGACUUCCUCCAGAGGGUCACUAGGGAGUUGGAGCCCUUGCUGAAGCCACAUGUAGCUGUGAAGAAGGUCCCCUACGUGGACGAGGAGGGGACUCCAGUAAAGCCGCUCGAGCCCAACGGGAUAAAGAUGGAGAAGUUUGUGUUUGACGUGCUCCCGUUUGCCAAGAACUUCGUGGCCUUCCAAGUGCUGCGGGAGGACGAGUUCUCCCCGCUGAAGAACGCUGACUCCGCCGACAGAGACAACCCCUCCACGGCCCGGCGGGCCCUGCUCACGCAGCACUACCGGUGGGCCCUGCAGGCCGGAGCCCACUUCCUGGACGCACACGGGGCCCGGCUCCCCGAGAAGCCCAGCCUGCCCAGCAGCGGAGAGCCUCCGGCCAUCUGCGAGAUCUCGCCCCUGGUGUCCUACUCUGGAGAGGGACUGGAGGUGUACCUGCAAGGCCGGGAGUUCGGAUCCCCGCUCAUCCUAGACGAGAACCAGGCCAGGGCGCUGAAGCCCUGACUCCCUCCUGGACCUGCCAGCCCCAGGGCCCCCAAGGCUGAGGACGCAGCCCUGGCCUGGGCUCCGGGAAGGAAAGCAGGCCGCUGAGUUUCUGAAACACAGAUCACAGAAGGGAGCCUGCCGGUUUACCCCACGAGGGCGGGGACUCUGCCGUCACCCCGCCCCCUGGACACAAGUGCCCCCAGACCUGCCUCGGGCCCUGCGGGCUUUCCAGCUUGGGGUCUGGGUGGGAAGCAGAGGCCCUCAGGACCCUGGACACUGGGUUCAGAGGAGGCUGGGGCGGGGCCCGAGGGAGGGUGGCAUCCUGUCUGAGGCAGAUCCAAGAGGACAGGAUGGCGGCCCCUUGGCCCCGCCCAUGCCCCCCGGGGUGAGGAGGGAACACAGGAGGGACGGUGUCCUCCCCUCACAGGGUGACAGGCUUGAAGGGACAGCCCCUCCCACCUGGCAGCUGAACCUGGGGGGUCACAGCCAGCCCCCCGUCCCCGCCCAGCUUGAGGCCACAACAGAAGGUCCCCGACCCGUCGCUGAGCAGGGCUGGUUGCAACAGCGAGCCGCGGCUGUGGGGCAGCUUGGCCCACAUGCCCGGGGCUGAAUGCUCCCCAUCUCUGCCCAAGGCCUCGGGCCCUGGGUCUCCUCUGCGGUGGGUUGGGGCUCCUGAGUUUGUGCCUCCCUCCGGGAACCAGGGGCCUCCGCAGUGGUUGGUGAAUCUGGAAUGUACUCACCAGGGGGCUGCUGCAUCCUCUGCCUGGCCUGCCUGUAGCUGUGACGGAUCUUGGGGCUCAGGCCCCUUGGGGAGGGGGGCAUAACCUCCCAACUUGGGGCGGCAGACCCCUGCCUGCAGCCCGGCUGAGGCUGGAAGGAACCAGCUGGUCCUGGUCCCUUGCCUGGCUUAGCUGCUCUGGGCCCCGCUGCCGGCUUCUCUGUCUGGAAAGCGGUGCAGGGUACCUGCCUCUUCUGCGGAUGCGGAUGCGUCCACAUGGCUGCCACUGGGCCUCGGCCGCGUGCCUCUCCCCCCGGGAAGGGUGUGCCCGGCCGGUGGGCUCAGGUGCUGUCUUCCCUCCAGUGGCCUGGAGUGGACACUGGGCGCACCCACAUCCCUGACCUGGGCGUGAUGGCAGGGUCAGGGCCACGGUGGCGACCCCGAAGACAUCUCUGCACCGUCCAGGCUGCCUGGCUUUCCAAACCCCAGAACCCAACAUUGUGCCUGAGCUGCCUUCUCCCUGCUGCUCCGCAGGCAGGCAGAGGAGGGUCCCGCCCCGGUCCAGGGCCACCACUGCUGCCACCGCCGCAGCCCCGAGGAACCCUUUGCUACAAGGGGAACUGGUUGGGCAAACUAGUCAAAGAGCUUGAGUCUGAAGAAUCUUUUGUUUUCAUAUAAUUGUGCCUUUAUGUAAAGUUUCAAAGCACAGGGAGGUCUGGGGACCCCACGCAUCAGGCCCGCAACAUCUUGCGUCGUCUGUGAUUGCGGGACACUGCAAGCCAGCCAGGAGACGCUGAGGGGCUCCCCACAGCUGUGGCUCCCCGCGCCCCCGCCUGUCCCACCCCCACGAGGCCCUCCUGCUACCUCGAUGGCCACACACCCGCACCGUCCCCAACCCAGACAACCUCGAAUGAAGCAGCUGAGUUUGGAAAGAUGGCCAGACUCGUGACCUUGCAUGUGAUGCGGGGAUUUCGAAUAAACACAGGGUGCUGUGAUCUCCUGGCCUGGGGAGGGCAGGUCUUGCGCAGCACAGGUCGCGGGAGUAGCACCAGGCAUUCCCAGGUCUGUGUCCUUCUGAGGGCAGGAGUUUGUGGAGGCCCUCUGGGAACAAGAGCCCUCGCACUGAGCCCAUGCCACCCUGGGCGGCCCAGGAACCUCCCUUGCUGCCACCAGCUCUCUCCCAGGGUCUCGGGGGAGCCUGAGACAACCUAGGGGGUCAGGCACCUGGAGGCAGCCCAGACCUGCCCCUUGGACCAGCUCUCCAGGGGUGGCCUCCUGGGCCCUCAGACCGGAGACCCUGGGGCUCCCGCUGCUGCAUGUGCGCCCUCCAGAUGCCACCGUUUCCCUGGCAAUGGGCUGUGCAGGGAGGGGAGCGAGAGGGCACCGCCGGAAGGGCCGGCAGGGCUGGGUGCAGGCAAAGCCCUGCCGGGGCCUCAGGGGUGACCCCUAGAAGGGAAGGGCAGGCAAGGAGGAAGAUCUUUCUGGAGCAGGUUCUGACAAGCCUGAACUGAGCAGGAGGCACACGCCCUCCCGGUGCCCAGAAAGGUCACAGCUGGGAUGGCAGGAAGCGGUGGGCAGCCUGGCCUGGAGAGCACGAGGGAGGGCUGAGUUUGAGCUCAGGGGAGCUCGCCCAGCAGGCGCUGAGCUGGCGAUCCUCCGGGAGGCCUGCAGGGGGCGGUCGUGGCCCUGUACCCUCCUCCCGCUCCCGUCUCCGGGCUGGAGGAAGGUUUGCUUCCCGCCCCGCGGAGCCCAGCCAAUGAGGCCGAUUGGGAGGCUCAUCUUAGCUGGUACCUGGAACCUUCCAGACACAUCCAGGCCUCCGAAGUUUCUUUAAAAAGUGCCGCCCCUGGAGUUCUUGCCGGGGCGCGACGGUAUCGGCAGCACCUCUGUAGUGUUGGGACGCAGGCUCGAUCCCUGGCCCCGCACAGUGGGUUAAGGAUCCAUUGUUGCCGCCACUGCGGCUUGGGUAGCGACUGCAUCUGGGAUCUGAUCCCUGGCCCGGGAACUCCACAUGCCAUGGGUUGGCCCAAAGAAACAAACAAAACAAAAUGCCACUCCUAAACUAACAGGCGAGCAAAGGACGGAAAGAAGAUGAAAUGGAGGUCCUGUCGUGGUGCACGAAAACGAUUCUGACGGAACCAUGAGGCUGCGGGUUCGAUCCCUGGCCUUGCUCAGUGGGUUAAAGGGUCCGGCGUGGCUGUGGUGGAGGCCGGCAGCUGUAGCUCAGAAUAGACCCUUAGCCUGGGAACUUCCAUAUGCUGCAAGUGUGGCCAUAAAAAGCAAA